AUGGAUCCGGAAUCCAGCGGCCCGUGCUACACCUGUCGGAAUCGUCGCAUUCAAUGUGACCAGACCGGGGUGCCGUGCGCGAAAUGCCAGAAGGCUGGCCUGGAAUGCCUUGACAAACGGCCAUUCCGAUGGGUUCAAGGCGUGGCUAUCCGCGGGCGAAUGCAGGGCCGAUCGUACGACGCCAACAAAGAGGCAGCGGCCACUGCUGCUGGGAAACGGGUGGUGAUGAAAUCUAAUGCCACUCGAAGGGGCCCCGGAAAGCGGAAGGGAAAGGCGGGACAAGGCUCCGAUUUAUCACUAGCCUUACUAACUUUGAAACCAGACCAUACUAUCUUCGAUACGGCAUCCUUGCCUAUCGUUCUUCACGACCCUUCAACUUUACAUUUGGAUCGCAAAUCCCAGUACUAUAUUGACUAUUUUAAUGAACGAAUAUGCAAAAUUUUUAUUUUAUAUGACAGCGACCGGAAUCCAUUAAGAAGUCUGAUUCCUAUGGGUUAUCAAGAUCCGGUUUUAAUGAAAGCUCUUCUUGCGCUUGCGGCCCGUCACCAUGUCAACACCGGCCACUCAUUCCAUCAAACUGAAUUGCCGGCAUCUUCCUCAUUACAGCUUGCCAAUGCGAACCAGGAUGCCCUCUCAUUUAAACAUCAAGCGAUGGAGGCAUUGUCGCAGUCUCUACGCGACACACAGUUGAGCAAAAAAGACACGACCGUUGCCAGUAUCUUCCUCUUGAUCUUUCUAGAUCUUCUCGAAUCCGGCAGUGAUGGCUGGAAUUUUCAUCUGCAGGGGGCCAAAAAUCUAAUCGCGUCUACUUUCUCGCAUCCCGAUUCGGAGACAAGUACUAAUCAGGGGAAUGGACAAACAAUCGAAGAAAUUCGAGGCUUCAUCAUCAAACAAAUUUACUUUAUUGAGACACUUGGGGGGGCAUUCCUGCGCCCUAAAUUGUUAUCUCAAAACUCAUCCUUCGACCACCAAAAAGAGAAAUACCAAGAGGCAAUCGAGGCCUCCUUCCUCGGAUGCCCCGAGUAUAUACUGACUGCAAUUCAACGGCUUUCUGUGCAAAGGGACAGCCUAGCUGAAGCUCAAAGGCCACUUGAUGAGAUCUCCACCAACACCUACCUGAAGGACACAGCAUCGUUAAUAGAAACCAUCAAAGGUUUCGACAGCUACGCCUGGGCCACAAAUCUUCGGCGAUCCCGGAACUCUUCAUCCCAAGAGAUCAUAGGCUUAUGUAACUUAUCCGAAUCAUACAAACUUGGUGCUCUACUAUACGCAGGACGCAUCGUGGAUGCCCUGACUGAAGAGUCGAUUGAGCAAAACCAUCUGGUCACAGAGCUUCUCGGAGUGACAGAGUCACUGAAAGACAACCUCGAAAUUUUCAAAUGCAUUUUGUGGCCAAUUGCCAAUGGCAGGCCCGAAAGAGACUUUCUCAUCGAUUGCAUUGAGAAAUUCUGGGACAUCACCAAUUGCUUGAAUGCGGUUAAUGCUGCAAAGAUGCUGCAGGAAUACUGGCAGAAGGAAUCUUCUACAGAAGAUGCACGGUCACAAUGGAUAUUUAGCAUGGGAAGUUUGGAUCGAGAUUGGCUUUGGCUUUAA